AUGGAUACCUCCAACGAGAAACACCAUGAUACCCACGCAUUACCUCCACACGCAAUAUGUGACAUGUAUUUCAAAUACCAGAAGAUGUCCGAUGCCGCUGUGGACGACGAUGUUGAAGUGGUUGAUUUCCAACGCGGCUUGACUGAUGCUCAGAGAAAAAGAAUCAUACCAAUAAAUACUGUUCCGUCGGAUAUGAUUGCCAAGGCUCAAAAGAGUUUUGCGGGGAUGGGAGAGAAAGAUUUGUUUAGAGAUAGCGAGAUUUUUGCAAGUCCGGCACCUUGCACGGUUUAUGAACAUCAAGAUUUUCCAGGUCUACGAUUAUUCCCCGGAAUCUUACCGCCAGAAUGUCAAGUAAUGAUGAUAGACCGACUUCUCCAUCGAGACCUGUCCAAUCCCCUUCACAAAACCAACAUCCACCACGACUACGAAGUUCCAUAUCCGCCAACGUCCACAGAUACAUCUCAACCCCAAUCAUUCUUCACACUCCCCGGCUCCUCGAAGACCAACAUCUUCACCCCAUUAAACCCACUUUCAAACCACAAACCCCUAAACAUCGUUCAAGUCCUGCAAAAGAAACUCCGCUGGCUCACACUAGGCUCCCAAUACGACUGGACAACCCGCUCCUACCCCGCCGUCUCACCUACGCCCUUCCCUCGAGACAUCGCAGACCUCGUAACAACCCUCUUCCAAAACGCAUUCACGCCCGAGUCCGGCGUCGUCCUGCUCUACAGCGCAAAAGACUACAUGCCCGUCCACCGCGACGUAUCCGAGGAAUGUCAGCGCGGGCUCGCAAGCUUCAGUCUGGGCUGUGACGGGCUAUUCAUUAUCGCUCGCGACAAGUAUCCCGGGGAGGACGAUGCGAAUGAGCAGAGGGAGCAGGAGAUGGUUGUUAUACGGGUGAGGAGCGGGGAUGUGGUGCAGAUGGAUGGAGAGACGAGGUGGAGUUGGCAUGCGAUGCCGAAGAUUAUGGGUGGGACUUGUCCGGAGUGGUUGAGUGAGUGGCCGGUGAGAGCAGGUGGGAGGAGGGAGUAUGAGAGGUGGAGGGGGUUUAUGCGGGGGAAGAGGUUGAAUAUUAGUUGUAGGCAGGUUUGGGGAUGA